AUACUUCUUCAAAUGUCAUACAAAGAAAUUAUUACCCUAAAUUUUCUUGGCGCGAAGAUGAACUGCAAAAACGUUAAAAUGGCGCGUUCCUCCGUUGGCAUUCGAACUCUCGUUGGGCCGAGUGGUUAUGUUAGGGUUAAAGAAUGAAUCAAUAUCAUUUCAAGGAGGUAAAAACGUGGAGAGAUCAGAGGAAACUCAACAACACUAAGCAAUUCAGCAACCUCGUUUCCAGGGUCUCUCUUCUUGAAGGGGAGAGAGAGAGACUGCAAACGUUGCUCGCACAAAAUUAAAUUUUUCCCGCCAAAAUAACAAAUCUCUCUUUUCUCAAAUAACGCGUCCUCCUCAACAACCCUUAAAGAUGAAGUCAUCUCCGGUCAAUAAAAUCGUUGAGGUUCUACUGAGGUAAUCUAAAUAAAUCUUUAAAUGGGAGAUACACUAAUCUCGUUCCGCGAGUCUUCGUAUCUUAUUGCGGAAGCUCUCCGACCGCUGAUCAAAGGGAACGAAGACCUUGUGUACGAGGUGUACAAAAGUACAGAUAUGACGAGCACGUGCUCACAGAAACCUAAGUUGUUGAGACUUCAGUAAAAUAAACAAAAGAUUAUUUUACACGUAUAGACUCAAAAGUGUUUUUUUUUUUUCUACAAUGAACAUCCAGUAUAUGCAUCUGAACAGAACAGUUUUGAAUACAGAAUACUCCGUAAUACACAAAAAUGGAGUCACAUUAAAGCGAUAUAAUCUAUUCGUAUAAAAGCUGGAAGUAACACGUGUUUCAUUGUCCUCGGUAUCUAAGGUGUCUGUUCGCUUCGCAACGCAACCGGUCAGAAGCUUCCAGACAAAUUUGAAUUCAAUUUGGAAUGAAUAAUAUACCCUAUUCUUCUCUUGUGUUUUCGUUCUUAACGCAUUUAGUUUACACAGCUUUAAGUUUAGAAUACUGACGUUAAAACGUGCGAGGAAAUGACUCUCUAUCUUUUUAAAUACCGUUUGACUGUUGUUACAUACGAGUGUCUACGCCGGAAUAUGCAUUUAUUCCACGGUUGAUAUUACACGACAGCAUUGUUUUUUUACGGCUUUCAAUGUUCCGAGAUUAAAAAGAUAAGUUAUUCACUGGCGCACUCAUCUCAAUAAACAUAGCAAAAACGAAAUAAUUGUCAGAGGAGAGCGUCGCAGUCAAAAGACACAAUCGUCAUUUUCUGUUUACCAUUUCCCGGUGUCGCCUUCAAGCCCCGUCUCCAACGUGCGGGCGAAAAAUUGAUGUGUUUUUCCACGUCCCACUGUUUGAAACACUUCCUUCCCUGGAAAUUCGUUAAGAAUCUUAUUUACCAGUAAAUAAAUUCCAAACGUCUUUCAUGUUCUGACAUGUAACAAGCAAUGAUAUGAAGUACGGGUUUAUUACUUCCAUGUACUGCGCAUACAAAACCAGAAAUACAGGGGCGCUCCACGAAUCACAAGCGUGUAUUUUCAUUAUACCAUUUCAGUUGAAAUCGCGUAUCAAGCUGUUUUGUCGCCCCACGAGCUCGUUUCUCCGUGGCUGCCUGAAAAUUGCGUAAAUUCAGAGCAAGAACUUGCAGAAAUGAUAAUUCUUAACGCCUAUCAAACGCGUAUAUAAAUUACAUUCAAAUAAUAUUUAACAGUCACCUGCAAUGGCCGGCAGCUGAAGAGACACCACGCGUGCGCCCUUAAUUCCCUUGACAAUAACAUGAAUGACAGUUCGAAAAGUUAAAGUUUUUUUGCAUGAAAUUCUCAAUCGCUUAGCUUUCGAAUGCAAAUCAUGCGCCCUUUCUCGCCGCACGACUAAAUGCAAAUAACGAAUACAAACAUUGCCAAAACUCGACGGCUUUUUUGGCAAGGCUCUUUUUUUUUCUUGGAGAAAAACCAUCGAUAUUUUUCAAUUGGUGUGUCCUGUUCACGGAAUCGCAGACGGAUAAAUUGACGGAGGAGUAAUUUUUACCGCAAGAAAUAAGAAUGAUUUGUGGAAAAUUCUCCUUGCUGAAAGCAUAUGUUCAAUUGCUUGUUUCUUGUUGACUAAGCGUGAAGGAAAGAGAGCACCUGUCCAUUGGCGAAUUUUUCGAUUUUUUUCUACUCGGAUUUCUUGCUGGGUUUUGCCCGCAAAACCACAAGAGUACCAACGUGGACUGUUAAAGAUAAUUUUUAUGGGAUUUGUGGCCGCGUUGGGGUGAAACAAACGCGCGGAGCCGAUGAGGAAUUCCCUUUAGAAAUGAAUGAGUCGAAUAAGAUUGCAACCAAGGAAAUUGUUAGCAUAAGGGAGGAAGACAAGAUAGACAAAAGAGAGGAGGACCCGAGCAUGCAAGAUGUGGAAUCACCGGGUAGUUCGAGCGAUCAAGAUUUCGAACUGCAAAAACAACGCAGCCAAACAUCUUCUUCGCCGCCGCAAACUGCAAAGCGAAAAGAUCGGGUGAGCAUAAAUGUUGGCGGUGUCAGACACGAAACGUACAGAAGUACUCUAAAAAAUAUUCCCGAUACAAGGUUAUCUUGGCUUGCAGAUGCCUCGCCUGGCUCAGUGGACUAUGACGCGGACAUGGGCGAGUAUUUUUUCGACCGCCAUCCUGGCGUGUUCGCCAACGUUUUAAACUAUUACCGCACGGGCAACCUUCACUGCCCGUUGGACGUUUGCGGGCCUUUAUUUGAGGACGAAUUGAGUUUCUGGGGUAUUGACGACCAACAAGUCGAAUCGUGUUGUUGGUUAACAUACCGGCAGCAUCGAGACGCUCAAGAAACGCUUGCUGCGUUUGAAGGGGUGGAAUUCGACAACGAUUACGAAGAUGAAGAGCUGGAUUUUGGAAGAUACGGCUUUGCUUUCGCGGCUGAAACACAACCUGAUACGACCUGGUGGCAAAAAUAUCAGCCGCGAAUUUGGACGCUAAUGGAAGAGCCUUAUUCUUCGAAGCUCGCUAAGGUGAUCGCCUACACAACACUAACGCUGAUUGUCCUGUCUGUGAUUCUGUUUUGUCUGGAGUCCAUGGCGUUUUUCCAAAAGGAAAAACCCAAGCUGGCGCUUGAAAUCCUGGAAGGAAUCUGUGUUGCUUGGUUCACUUUAGAACUUCUGGUUCGCUUUACGUUUUGUCCAGCAAAAUUGGAAUUCUUUAAGAAGGUCAUGAACUGGAUUGACUUCUUGGCGAUCGUUCCUUUUUACAUUAGCUUGUAUCCGGCCAACUCUGAUGUUGAAAUCUUAAACAUUAUCCGGCUAAUCAGGAUUUUCCGAAUCUUCAAACUUUCCCGGCAUUCGUCAGGGCUGCAAAUUCUUGGACACACUUUGCGUGCGAGCGUGCGCGAGCUUCUUCUGCUAAUCUCGUUUCUGAUUAUCGGUGUCGUGCUGUUUGCUAGCUUAAUUUAUUACUGGGAGAAAGACGAAGAGGGCACAAGAUUUUAUGACAUACCAAACUGCUUCUGGUGGGCUGUAGUUACCAUGACGACGGUUGGCUAUGGUGACAUGGCACCUGCCACCACAAUGGGCAAGUUCAUCGGUAGCAUUUGCGCGGUUUGCGGCGUGCUGACGAUAGCACUUCCGGUUCCGGUCAUUGUCAACAACUUUUCUUUAUAUUACUCUCACGCCCAGGCGAGGCUCAAACUGCCGAAGAAGCGGCGAAGAGUUCUCGUGAACGCUCCGAACGCUCUGAAAGCGUCGGCAGUAGUCGAGAACGGAAUGAGCGGCGAUUCAAAUGGCAGUUCGGAUAGCGGCUGCGCAGAAAACAGCACUACUAACGGCGGAAGAAAGUGCAGUCUUCUAAUCACAGAUGAACUCAAUGAGAUAAAACCGAGACGUCCUGUUAGAAGGGACAGUCAUCUGUUUAAUAACACAACUACGACUUCCAAUGGUGAUGCAGGUACCGCCAACAGCAGGCCGAGUUACGCGAUGCAGAAACGACUAUCAAUGAGACCAACUGUUCCUACAUUACCUGAAGUAGAGUGAGCCGGAAGCUGAGAUCUACAUCUCAAGCAGGAAUAGUGAGGCAACAACCCUCGAUAACCACAAGACAACGCACCAGGGGACCCACCCUAGGUACAAGAAAUAGCAAGUGAAUAAAGAUAAUUCGUUGAAACUACAACCACCCUCAGAGGGGGAGGAGUAAGUGGAAAUACCAUUACGCUACACACGCUGGCCAGCGGUCCUCAAUGCUCAAGGGAAUGAAAUGAAAAUGCGCCCGGCAUGUUUUCAAUUGAAGGCCGGAAAUUUAAUUCAUUACAACAGACCCCAGUUUACUGGAAACAUGAAAGUGUCUUUUUCGCGGGCGAAAUGAGUUAGAAUCAUAUGAUAUAAAUAUGCGAGUACAAAUAUUCGAAAUCCAACUAUAUACUAAGAUCAAGAAAGAGAGAAGAUUUUGAAAAAAGUAUUUAUUUAUGUAUUUAUUUAUGUUAUGCGAUUGUUUGCUGAUAUUAUUAGCUCUUCUGAACUGUGCAAUUUACUCCGACACCUGAUUUUAAAUCAAAAUUUCAUUGAUUAUUCUGAAUUCAAAAAGUAACUAUAAACCAGCAGAUCAAAGAGAGAUGAUUUAGUUUGAACAUUUUUGGCCCGACUAGAUAAUUGAUAAGACGACAUGAAUUUUAAGAAAUGAUGUUGGAUAACAAAUUAGUCACCGAGUGAAGCAAAUAAGCCAUUCAAUGCUCAGAAGAGAAUAUAUUCCUGAAAGGAAUAUGAAUUUUAGCUAAAACUGCUCCUAAAAGAGGAUUUGAGGUAUUAAACCUACGCAUGAACGCGGUAUGUACCUGGCUUUGUGUCGUAAGAGCCCGCUGUUUCUCCAGGACAGUUACUUUGCUAGGCAACAGGGUGUAUUGCAAGGAACGAACCCAAAUCCUACCAUGCUUUUAGUAUUAAAAUCUUUGGGUAUUUCUCCAGACAUUACAAAACCGAUAGUUUGUUUUUCAAUCGAAGAAGCUGUCAUUUCUAAAAUGAAAAGCGUAAUUAGGAUUGGUAAAAAAAAUUAGCUCCCGCUUUCCUGAGCAAACAGAUUUCUGCUUCCAUGCGCCCUUAAGAGAAGUGUGAAAAUUAACCUGAAAAUUCCUUCAGACGAUAUUACACAGAUCCAUAAGCCGUCUGUACUGAAUUGACUGCUACUUGGGAGCGAAAAUGUAAAACCGAUACGAUACGCUACACCGAAGAAUCUCGAUCCCAGAGGCCGCGAUACUUUUGGUCAGCACCAAGAAAUCGAGACCUCAGGGAAAAAUCGGAAGGUAAGCCAGCAUUGCUCACAGCGGUUAUUCUCUCUAAGCAUGUUCAGAAACCGUUAUUGAACUUGAACGUAUGCGCACAAUCAUACGGGAGAUUUUCUGGUUCUGGUUUCUGAUUUUGUCAAGAGCGUUGGGCGUUCAGUCACCGCUGACCGAAAGCGCGUAGGCUCUGGGGACGAGAUUACUACACCUGAUUGGUCUGUGUGGAGCGCUGUGGAGCUUCGUUCUUAAUAUGAAUUUUUCAGGCCGAAUUAAUCCCGGAGGUCCUUAAGCGGAAAAAGAUCGAUAGUGAAUCGCGCAAAGCUAUCAUUUGCUCGGGUAAACACGCCUUUUUAUUUUAUCUCUUUCGCCUUGCGUAUUGCCCGAUCCGAAUAUAUCGUACAGGAAAACACAAGGUUGUUCUUGAUUAUCAAGACAAUCGUUUGACAGAAGAUGUUUAUAUAAAAACUUAGAUAUGUUCACAUCCAAUCACAGAAUUCAUAUGUCAAGAAGAGUUUAUAUAUUCCCAUUUGUAAAUAGUGUAAAUAAACAUGAUUGCUAUCUGGAGAUAUUUUCUUAGUUAGAUAGUCAGACAGUCUAACCAGAAAAAAAAUCAUGUUCCGCAGUUUUUUUUAGCUGUUUAGUUGGUGUUACUUGUAAGUUUGAAUAAAGCACUUUUAAAUAGUUGGAUUA